AUGGCUGCCUCUGGACCAGGAAAGGAGUUAGACAAAUUUCUUGAUUUAAUUGACGAAGAUUACUUUAGUUGUUCGAUUUGUUUUGAACAAUAUAAAGAUCCAAAGAUACUGCCUUGUCUGCAUACAUUCUGCGAGGCUUGCCUAUUGUCGCUGGUAGACAGUACAGAUAGUACUCAGGUGAGUUGCCCGACGUGCAAAGAAGGGGCUGGCGCGACAAUGACAACUCGUGAACUGCGAGAUUUGAGAGGAAACGAACUAAUGAUGUCACUCGUGAAAAUAUUCAACGAGAGAAGAAAGGUGACACGAGACGAAGGCGAAUGCGAGGUAUGUGAAGCCGAUAUUGCCAGUCAUAUCUGUGUGGACUGUCCACAAUAUUUGUGUCCAAUGUGCACAGAAACCCACACUCGAUUCAAGGCACUGCGUUCACACAAGGUUAUAACAAUAGAAGCCCACAACCAAUCCAAACCAACAGACUCACCGAGUUUGAUGACGGCAGAUUUUUGUGAAGUUCACCGUGAGAGCAAACUCAAGUUUUAUUGCGACACUUGUAAGGUUCCAGUAUGUACGGACUGCACUGUUGUGAACCAUCGGUUUCCCGAGCACGUACAACGAGACAUACGCGACGUUGCCAGGCAACAGAAAGAACUGUUAAAAAUAGAGAUUGAGACCCUGAAUCAGAAAUUCAAAAUUUUGGAAGCAAGCAGCUCUGCAGCGAAAAACAAAAUUAGUGCAUUGAGAAAACUGUGUCAGAAAGAAAAAGAGAAGGUGAAAGAAAAAGCGAACGAAGUAAAAGCCAAGGUAGAUGCGGAACAUGAUCACGUGAUUGCUCAGUUGAAAACACAAUAUAAAGAAAAAGAACAAUCAGUACAGAAUGAACUGGAUGAAAUCGAAAUGCAUCACGGGAGACUGGCGAGUUUAAAAAGCUACCUGAACACACUGAUACAUCAUGGCAAUGCUGCACAGCUAAUGUCUUCAAAAACGGAUGUGAUGACUCGCAUCGACGAGGUUGUUGCCAUGGAUAUGGAACCCAAUUUCAGUGAUGAAGUGGUUACAUUUCAACCUCUUCCGGAAUUCAAAGCGCAGGGAAUUCUCGGAUUCUUGGCAACUAAGAGAGACGUUUGCAUUUCACAGUGCACAAUUGAGAAUGUUCCCAGACAGCUACUCAAAGGGGAGUUUAUAGACCUAGUCAUCACAACCAGGGACAAGGAAGGGACUCAGGUCGUUCCACAAGAAGAAGUGGAAGCUAAGCUAUUGAAACCAGAUGGAUCAUGGGCGGAACUUGAGGUUGUAAGUGGCAGUGAUGGCGCCCACAAACUCUCCAUUCGAGGUGAAACUGCUGGGAACCAUGAAGUGUACAUGACGAUAAAUGGUCAAGACAUGCCAGGAUCACCAGUUGAGAUUGUAGUCACCGGACUGAUAAAAACACAUGGCAGAGAUGGUAGUGGGGAGGGCGAGUUCAAUUUUCCUCAUGGUAUAACCAUUGAUAAAGAUGGACGUUACGUCACUGCUGACAAUAGCAACAGCAGAGUACAUAUUGUUACUGAAGAUGGCAGGUCCUGUAAAAGUAUAACGUUCACAGAAUUUAAGCAAAACUUCCGGCCAUUCGACAUAGCGAUAUCAUGUGGAAACGAGUAUUUCAUGACUGAUGCUGGUAACAACCAAAUCGUUGUGGCGGAAAGCAGUGGCGACUUGCUUCGAUGCUUUGGUCAUAAAGAACUGAAAAGUCCACGAGGUCUUGCCAUCAGUCCCAUAGAUGGCGCUGUUCAUGUAGCUAAUUUCAGCUCCAAUACUGUGGAAAUCUACACACAAGAUGGUGAACACGUUGACAGUUUUGGUGGAAGUGGGAGUGGCGAUGGACAAUUCAUGGGGCCAAACGAUAUCGAUAUCGAUGCUCAAGGAGUCAUAUUUGUUUCUGAUUACUGCAACCACCGUGUUCAGGUCUUCAAUUCGAAUCACCAGGUCGUCCGAAUCAUUGGCUGUGAAGAUCACAAUGAAGGUCGACUAUGUUAUCCUCUGGGCAUUGCAGUGUGCAAUAACACACUGGUUUACAUAUCUGAUGAGAAACACAGGAUUCUCAGCUACACUUACAGUGGGCAGUUUCUCUGUCGUGUUGACUGCGAUGUGGAUGGACUGAGCUAUCCUCACAGUAUAGCCCUAACCAAUGAGGACACUCCUAAACUGGUUGUAGCUGACACUCAUAACCAUUGUUUGAAAGUUUUCCUGUAG